GGGAGAUCUCAGCUCAGACACAGUUGGCAACAAUAGAGAGGGCUGGAAAUCAUUCUUCCCUGGUCUGAUAUUGCAGGCAGCAGCACUUGCAGGAUUGGAUUGUCCUCUCAUGGCCUCUGAUUUGGAUUGUGCCCUCUGAGUAGCCCCCCUGGAGUGGAAGGAUGAUGGAUGCAGGGUCUCUUUUAAAUGGCUUUGCCCCUUCUGGGCAGAGUGAAGCUGAGCUGACCCAUCUAUGCAGAAGCCUGGAGGUUGGCACAGUGAUGACCCUCUUUUACUCCAAGAAGUCUCAGAAACCAGAGAGAAGGACGUUCCAAGUGAAGCUGGAGACGCGACAAGUUACAUGGAGCAGGGGGGCUGACAAAGUGGAAGGAGCAGUGGACAUCAGGGAGAUAAAGGAGAUUCGGCCGGGGAAGAAUUCUCGGGAUUUUGAUCGUUACCAGGAAGAUGCUACGGUACGCCUGGAACCGGAUCACUGCUUUGUUAUCAUCUAUGGCAUGGAAUUUAGACUUAAGACCUUGAGCCUGCAGGCAACAUCAGAGGAAGAAGUGAGUAUGUGGAUGAAAGGAUUAAGCUGGUUGCUCCAAGAUACUCUUCAGGCCCCUACACCGCUGCAGAUAGAGAGGUGGCUACGGAAACAAUUCUACUCUCUAGAUAGAAACCGUGAGGACAAGAUCUCUGUGAAGGAUUUGAAGAGUAUGUUGUCCCAGGUUAACUACAGAGUUCCCAACAUGCGGUUUCUACGUGAUCGACUUAUGGAAGUGGAACAGAGGAACCAGGAAAUUAACUAUGCCCAGUUUGCUCAGCUCUAUCGAUCCCUCAUGUACAACGCACAGAAGACGAUGCCGCUUCCGUUCGUGGAAAGAAGUGGAGAGCGUCCAGAGCUGUACCGAGUAUCAUUACUGGCUUUCCAGAGCUUUCUGUUGGAGUAUCAGAAGGAAAUGUGGGCGACUGACCUGCUCCAGGUCCAAGAGUUCAUGUUCCACUUCCUGCGUGACCCCCUGAGGGAGAUUGAAGAGCCGUAUUUCACCUUAGAGGAGUUUGUUACGUUCCUGUUCUCCAAAGAGAAUACUGUGUGGGAUUUAGGGCUGGACACUGUGUGUCCCCAAAAUAUGGACAACCCUCUGUCCCAUUACUGGAUCUCCUCUUCCCACAACACGUACCUAACCGGGGAUCAGUUCUCCAGCGAGUCCUCCCUAGAAGCAUAUGCCCGUUGCUUGCGAAUGGGUUGCCGCUGUAUAGAGUUGGAUUGCUGGGAUGGGCCAGAUGGGAUGCCAGUAAUCUAUCAUGGACAUACCCUGACCACCAAAAUAAAGUUUUCUGAAGUCCUCUUGACCAUCAAAGAACAUGCCUUUGUAACGUCAGAGUACCCAGUUAUCUUGUCGAUUGAAGACCACUGUAGCAUUGCCCAGCAAAGGAAUAUGGCCCAGUACUUUAAGAAAGUGUUUGGGGACAUGCUUCUGACCAAACCAGUGGACGUCAGUGCUGAUGGGCUUCCAUCUCCAAACCAGCUUAAACGAAAAAUCCUCAUCAAGCACAAGAAGCUUGCAGAAGGGAGCACCUAUGAGGAGAUCCCAACUUCUACUGUGUAUUCGGAGAACGAUAUCAGCAAUUCCAUCAAGAAUGGAAUCUUGUACCUUCAGGAUCCCAUAAAUCACGAGUGGUAUCCUCACUUCUUUGUACUUACAAGCAGCAAGAUCUACUAUUCAGAGGAGACGACUGGUGGACAAACCAACGAUGAUGAAGAGGAGCAGAAAGAGGUCAGCAACAGCUCUGAAUUGCACUCAACUGAAAAAUGGUUCCAUGGGAAGCUUGGUGCAGGCCGGGAUGGACGACACAUUGCCGAACGCCUCCUGACUGAUUACUGCAUCGAGACCGGAGCCCCAGAUGGCUCUUUCCUAGUGCGGGAAAGUGAGACCUUUGUAGGGGAUUACACACUCUCAUUCUGGAGAAAUGGAAAAGUCCAGCAUUGUCGGAUACACUCCAGGCAGGAAGCGGGUAGCCCCAAGUUUUUCCUAACGGAUAACCUGGUGUUCGAAAGUCUGUACGCACUGAUCAACCACUACCAACAGAUGCCAUUAAGAUGUAAUGAGUUUGAGAUGAGGCUGACCGAGCCCGUUCCACAAACCAAUGCACAUGAGAGUAAAGAAUGGUACCAUGCAAGCCUUAACCGAGCACAAGCUGAACACAUGUUGAUGAGAGUACCGCGGGACGGUGCUUUCCUAGUACGUAAACGGAGUGAGCCCAACUCUUAUGCCAUAUCAUUCAGAGCGGAGGGAAAGAUCAAACACUGCCGGGUGCAGCAGGAAGGUCAGAGUGUAGUACUGGGCAGCUCCGAGUUUGACAGCUUGGUGGAUCUCAUUAGUUAUUAUGAGAAGCAUCCCUUAUACCGGAAGAUGAAGCUAAGGUAUCCCAUCAAUGAAGAGACCCUGGAAAAGAUUGGCACAAAUGAACCAGAUUAUGGGGCACUUUAUGAAGGGAGGAAUCCAGGUUUCUAUGUGGAGCCGAACCCUAUGCCUGCUUUCAAGUGCUCUGUUAGGGCCCUGUUUGAUUAUAAAGCUCAGCGAGAGGAUGAACUUACUUUCACAAAGAAUGCCAUCAUCCAGAAUGUGGAUAAGCAGGAGGGUGGAUGGUGGAGAGGAGAUUAUGGGGGUAAAAAGCAGAUGUGGUUCCCUUCCAACUAUGUGGAAGAGAUCUUUAACCCCCCUGAGCCUGAACCAGAGCGACCGCACCUGGAUGAGAACAGUCCUCUUGGAGACCUCCUUGGAGGAAUAUUGGAUGUGCCAUCUUGUCAGAUUGCUAUCCGGCAUGAAGGGCUGAACAACCGCCUAUAUGUUUUCUCUAUAAAUGUCCCAUCUGUGACAAGAUGUCCACUUGAUGUGGCCGCUGACUCAGCGGAAGACAUGCAGGACUGGGUGAGAAAGAUCCGGGAGGCGGCUCAGACAGCAGACGCUCGGCUCACUGAGGGCAAAAUCAUGGAACGAAGAAAGAAAAUUGCCCUGGAGUUGUCUGAACUAGUCAUUUAUUGUCGGCCUGUGCCCUUUGAUGAAGAGAAGAUUGGCACAGAGAGGGCAUGCUAUCGGGACAUGUCCUCUUUCCCUGAAACUAAAGCUGAGAAGUAUGUCAACAAGCAAAAAGGCAAAAAGUUUCUUCAGUAUAAUCGGCGUCAGCUAUCUCGCAUUUACCCAAAAGGCCAGCGCCUGGAUUCUUCCAACUACGACCCAUUGAACAUGUGGAUAUGUGGCAGUCAGCUGGUGGCUCUCAAUUUCCAGACACCAGACAAGCCCAUGCAGAUGAACCAAGCUCUGUUCCAGUCAGGAGGGCGCUGUGGUUAUGUCCUGCAGCCAAACAGUAUGAGAGAAGAAAUGUUUGAUCCGUUUGACAAAUGUUCCCUUCAUUUAGUGGAGCCGAUCAUUGUCCAUAUUGAGAUACUAGGGGCCAGGCAUUUGCCCAAAAAUGGCAGGGGUAUCGUGUGUCCAUUUGUAGAAUUGGAAGUUUGUGGAGCAGAAUAUGACAAUGCCAAACUAAAAACAGAAAUUGUAGUUGAUAAUGGUCUGAACCCAGUUUGGCCUCAAAAGUCUUUCCAGUUUCAUAUUGCAAAUCCAGACUUUGCCUUCCUUCGAUUUGUCGUCUAUGAAGAAGACAUGUUCAGUGACCAGAAUUUUCUGGCCCAAGCAUCUCUUGUUGUGCGCGGCCUCAAAACAGGUUUUAGAGCAGUCCCCUUGAAGAACUAUUACACUGAAGACUUGGAGCUGGCUUCACUCCUUAUCCGGUUAGACAUCUACCCCAGUAAGCAGGAGAAUGGUGAACUGAAUGGGGCUUCAGCACCCCGAGAGCGUGUCAAUGAUUCCACUGCAAGGCUACGUGAUGGCUUUGGGGAUUCUCGAUAUGCUGCACAACAGCUGGAUGAUUUCCGAAUCCCUCAAGAAUUUACAGAUGGGUUUGACAGAGAGAGGAGGGUCCCACGAAAGACACGCCUGAGUGGAGAUAACAGACUUUAAACUCCAAACGACAAGGAUGUUUGUAGAAGGAGGGCGAUACGGCUUCUGGCAACAACCAA